GCUUGGGACUGUGACCACCAGUUACAUAAGUCUUUGGAUUUUCAGAUUUUUACUGCUUGGGUUUACAUUAGGGUAGCUUUACAAAUGAGUCUACUGUAAUGGCAGUCGAUGACAGCAAUUUAUACUCUAGGACUAAGAGUAAACUGAAUUCAUAUCAGAAUGAUUAUAAAUCAGUCAGACGGAGUAGCUUACCACCAGACCUGCUCCCGGGAAAUGACCUUAAAGGAAGGUUUCAAAGAAAUAUUAAGAAUUUAGAGCCUAUACACCCCAGACGUCCUAAGAAAAGACCUUCUCUUUUCCAAGCUCCUCCAGUUGGUAACGGAUACAUCAAACCAACAGUUCCACCUGUUUCUGGCACACAAAGGGAAAAGGGACCUCCAGCCAUGUUGCCCAUCAGUGUUGACCCAGACAGUAAACCAGGCGAAUAUGUCCUGAAGAGCUUGUUUGUUAACUUUACAACACAGGCUGAGCGCAAGAUUCGCAUCAUCAUGGCAGAGCCCCUUGAAAAGCCGCUGACCAAAUCUCUGCAACGAGGAGAAGAUCCCCAGUUUGAUCAAGUAAUAAGCUCAAUGAGCUCCCUUUCAGAGUAUUGCUUACCCUCUAUUCUUCGUACUUUGUUUGAUUGGUAUAAAAGACAAAAUGGCAUUGAAGAUGAAUCUCAUGAAUAUAGACCAAGAACAAGCACCAAAUCUAAAAGUGAUGAACAACAGCGAGACUAUUUAAUGGAAAGAAGAGAUCUGGCUAUCGAUUUCAUUUUUUCAUUAGUACUAAUAGAAGUUUUAAAACAGAUUCCACUUCAUCCUGUAAUAGACAGUUUGGUACAUGAUGUUAUUAACUUGGCGUUCAAGCACUUUAAAUAUAAAGAAGGGUAUCUUGGUCCUAACACUGGAAAUAUGCAUAUUGUUGCAGAUCUAUAUGCAGAAGUAAUAGGUGUGCUAGCACAAGCUAAAUUUCCUGCUGUGAAGAAAAAAUUCAUGGCAGAAUUAAAAGAGUUGCGACAUAAAGAGCAAAGCCCUUACGUGGUUCAAAGCAUUAUCAGUCUAAUAAUGGGAAUGAAAUUCUUUCGCAUUAAGAUGUAUCCUGUGGAGGACUUUGAAGCCUCUCUUCAGUUUAUGCAGGAAUGUGCACAUUAUUUCCUUGAAGUGAAAGACAAAGAUAUCAAACAUGCAUUAGCAGGACUGUUUGUUGAAAUUCUUGUCCCUGUUGCUGCUGCUGUUAAGAAUGAAGUGAAUGUCCCCUGUCUGAGGAACUUUGUUGAAAGCUUGUAUGAUACAACACUUGAGCUUUCUUCACGAAAGAAGCACUCACUGGCUUUGUAUCCUUUGGUAACAUGCCUGCUUUGUGUCAGUCAGAAGCAGUUCUUUUUAAACAGAUGGCAUAUUUUCCUCAAUAACUGCCUAUCCAAUCUCAAGAACAAGGAUCCAAAAAUGGCUCGAGUUGCACUGGAAUCUCUGUACAGAUUACUUUGGGUUUACAUGAUUAGAAUUAAAUGUGAAAGCAAUACAGCUACCCAAAGUCGUCUUAUUACUAUUGUUACAACACUUUUCCCCAAAGGGUCCCGGGGUGUGGUGCCGAGGGAUAUGCCUCUAAACAUCUUUGUGAAAAUUAUACAGUUCAUUGCCCAGGAGCGCUUAGAUUUUGCAAUGAAAGAAAUUAUCUUUGACUUCCUUUGUGUUGGAAAGCCAGCAAAAGCUUUCAGUCUCAAUCCAGAGAGAAUGAAUAUUGGUCUGAGAGCUUUCUUGGUAAUUGCUGAUAGCUUACAGCAAAAAGAUGGUGAACCUCCAAUGCCAGUUACUGGAGCUGUCCUUCCUUCUGGAAACACUCUCAGAGUGAAGAAAACUUACUUGAGCAAAACCCUGACAGAGGAGGAAGCUAAAAUGAUAGGUAUGUCAUUAUAUUAUUCUCAAGUAAGAAAAGCUGUGGACAACAUACUAAGGCACCUUGAUAAGGAAGUGGGGCGAUGCAUGAUGUUAACAAACAUACAGAUGUUGAACAAAGAACCUGAAGAUAUGAUCACGGGUGAAAGAAAACCAAAAAUUGAUCUUUUCAGAACAUGUGUUGCUGCUAUUCCUCGAUUGCUUCCUGAUGGAAUGUCAAAACUUGAGCUGAUCGAUUUACUGGCAAGGCUCUCUAUCCAUAUGGACGAUGAACUUCGGCACAUUGCACAAAAUUCUCUUCAGGGUCUACUUGUUGACUUUGUUGACUGGCGGGAAGAUGUACUCUUUGGAUUUACUAAUUUCCUGCUACGUGAAGUGAAUGAUAUGCAUCAUACUCUCCUUGAUACUUCCCUAAAAUUGCUGCUACAGUUGCUUACACAGUGGAAGCUUGUAAUACACACUCCAGGAAAAACCUCUGAACAAGCAAAAAACAGAUCCUCCGAGUUGAUACCAAAUGGAUCCAGCCAUAGAAUACAGUCUGAAAGAAGUCCUUACUCCAAUGUACUGCAUGCUGUCGAAGGGUUUGCACUGGUCUUACUUUGUAGUUUCCAGGUUGCUACACGUAAACUAGCAGUUUUGAUUCUCCGAGAAAUCCGGGCUUUAUUUCUUGCACUUGGCCAGGCAGAGGAUGAUGACAGACCUAUGAUUGAUGUCAUGGAUCAAUUAAGUUCUUCUAUUCUUGAAAGUUUUAUUCAUGUGGUAGUUUCAGAUUCUACUGCAAUACCAUUAACACACAACGUGGAUCUGCAGUGGCUGGUAGAGUGGAAUGCAGUCCUAGUAAACAGCCAUUAUGACGUAAAAAGCCCUUCCCAUGUUUGGAUAUUUGCACAGUCCGUGAAAGAUCCAUGGGUUCUCUGCCUCUUCAGUUUUCUUAGACAAGAGAAUUUACCAAAGCAUUGUCCUACAGCUCUCAGCUAUGCUUGGCCAUAUGCUUUUACUCGGCUACAGCUGAUAAUGCCUCUUGUGGAUCCAAAUAUCCCUAUAAAUGCAAAAAAAACAAGCACGGCUAGCAGUGGAGACAACUAUGUAACUCUGUGGAGAAACUAUCUUAUACUCUGUUUUGGAGUGGCAAAACCCAGUAUUAUGAGCCCUGGACACUUGCGUGCCUCAACUCCAGAGAUCAUGGCUACCACUCCAGAUGGUACAGUGAACUAUGAUAACAAGGCUAUUGGAACCCCAUCUGUUGGUGUCCUGUUAAAGCAGCUAGUGCCUUUAAUGAGACUUGAAAGCAUAGAAAUCACAGAAUCACUUGUAUUGGGAUUUGGAAGAACAAAUUCUCUUGUUUUCAGGGAAUUAGUAGAAGAACUUCAUCCACUAAUGAAAGAAGCCCUAGAAAGAAGACCAGAGAAUAAGAAACGCCGUGAGCGCCGAGAUCUUCUAAGACUGCAGUUACUGCGAAUUUUUGAAUUACUUGCUGAUGCUGGUGUUAUAAGUGACAGUACAAAUGGAGCCUUAGAGAGGGAUACCUUAGCCCUUGGAGCCUUGUUUUUAGAGUAUGUUGAUUUGACCCGCAUGCUGCUGGAGGCUGAAAAUGAUAAAGAAGUUGAAAUUCUUAAGGACAUGAGAGCACACUUCAGCGCCAUGAUUGCUAACUUGAUUCAGUGUGUUCCAGUUCAUCAUAGGAGAUUCCUCUUCCCUCAGCAAAGUUUGAGGCACCAUCUUUUCAUCUUGUUUAGUCAAUGGGCUGGACCUUUCAGUAUUAUGUUUACACCACUGGAUCGUUAUAGUGACAGAAAUCACCAGAUUACAAGAUACCAGUACUGUGCAUUAAAGGCAAUGUCAGCUGUACUCUGCUGUGGCCCUGUAUUUGACAAUGUGGGUCUUUCUCCUGAUGGCUAUCUCUACAAAUGGCUUGAUAACAUUCUAGCUUGCCAAGAUUUACGUGUUCAUCAACUGGGAUGUGAAGUUGUCAUCUUAUUGCUGGAACUAAAUCCUGACCAAGUAAAUCUCUUCAACUGGGCCAUCGAUCGUUGUUAUACUGGAUCAUACCAGCUUGCCUCUGGAUGCUUCAAAGCCAUUGCAACUGUAUGCGGAAGCAGGAACUAUCCCUUUGAUAUAGUGACCCUUUUAAACUUAGUGCUGUUCAAGGCAUCCGACACCAACAGAGAGAUUUAUGAAAUUUCCAUGCAACUUAUGCAGAUUUUGGAGUCAAAACUUUUUGUUUAUUCAAAGAAAGUAGCUGAGCAAAGGCCUGGCAGUAUCCUGUAUGGUACUCAUGGUCCAUUGCCACCUCUCUACAGUGUAUCACUAGCCCUUCUCUCCUAUGAAUUAGCAAGGAUGUAUCCUGAGCUUACCCUUCCACUUUUUUCAGAGGUAAGUCAACGAUUCCCAACAACUCAUCCAAAUGGGAGACAGAUCAUGCUUACCUAUCUGCUACCAUGGCUUCAUAACAUUGAACUUGUGGACAACAGACUACUUCUCCCAGGAUCAAGCCCUAGCACUCCAGAGGAUGAAAUAAAGGACAAAGAAGGGGAAAUAGCUGUCACAUAUGGGCUGAAAGGAAAUGGAUGGGGUUCUCCUGAAGCCACAUCAUUGGUGCUGAAUAAUCUCAUGUACAUGACAGCCAAGUACGGAGAUGAAAUUCCUGGACCAGAGAUGGAAAAUGUCUGGAAUGCUCUAGCUAACAAUGAGAAAUGGAGCAACAACCUUAGAAUAACACUGCAGUUUCUCAUUAGCUUGUGUGGGGUUAGCAGUGAUACCAUCCUUUUACCUUAUAUCAAAAAGGUUGCAAUAUAUCUGUGUCGGAAUAACACUAUUCAAACAAUGGAAGAGCUGCUUUUUGAGCUGCAGCAGACAGACCCAGUGAACCCUAUAGUCCAGCAUUGUGAUAAUCCUCCUUUUUACCGUUUUACUGCCAGCAACAAGGCCUCAGCUGCCGCUUCUGGAACCACCUCUAGCAGUAAUACUGUUGUAGCUGGCCAAGACAGUUUUCCUGACAUAGAGGAGAGCAGGAUGGUGAAAGAAACUGAUGAAAGGUUCAGUAAUGUAAUCAGAGUACAUACUCGGCUAGAGUCAAGGUACAGUAACAGCUCUGGAGGAUCAUACGAUGAUGACAAAAAUGAUCCUGUUUCUCCAUACACAAGCUGGCUGUUGAAUAUUGUUGAAACCAAACAGCCACAACCUUUGCCAAUGCCUUAUAAUGGGGGAUGCUGGGCACCACUAGUUGACUACCUCCCAGAAACCAUCACACCACGGGGACCCCUACAUAGGUGCAAUAUUGCUGUCAUCUUCAUGACCGAAAUGGUAGUGGAUCACAGUGUAAGAGAAGAUUGGGCCCUCCACCUUCCCUUAUUACUUCAUGCUCUCUUUUUAGGUCUUGACCAUUAUCGCCCUGAGGUUUUUGAACACAGUAAAAAGCUACUGCUCCACCUUUUGAUUGCAUUGUCUUGCAACAGCAAUUAUCAAGCCAUUGCCUCAGUGCUUCUUCAGACAAGAGAGAUGAAUGAAACCAAAACUCUGACAGUCCAACCAGCAUAUCUACCUGAAUACCUCUAUACAGGUGGCUUUGACUUUCUACGGGAAUACCAGUCAUCUCCAGUGCCAGACUCUGGUUUAAGCUCCAGCUCCACCUCCUCCAGUAUCAGUCUGGGGGGCAGCAGUGGAAAUCUUCCACAGAUCACCCAAGAGAUUGAGGACAUGGACACAGCUGUUGAAACAGAUGAAAAGGCAAACAAGUUAAUUGAGUUUCUGACAACCAGGGCAUUUGGUCCACUUUGGUGCCAUGAAGAUAUAACACCCAAGAACCAGAAUACAAAAAGCACUGAGCAGCUUACUAAUUUUCUACGUCAUCUUGUGUCUGUGUUUAAAGAUUCCAAGUCAGGAUUCCAUUUGGAACAGCAUCUGAGUGAAGUUGCUUUACAAACUGCGCUGUCAAGUUCCUCAAGACAUUAUGCAGGUCGCUCUUUUCAGAUAUUCAGGGCUCUAAAACAGCCUCUUUCUGCACAUGCAUUGUCUGACCUUCUGUCAAGGUUGGUGGAAGUUAUAGGAGAGCAUGGAGAUGAGAUUCAGGGUUAUGUAAUGGAGGCCCUGCUGACCUUGGAGGCUGCUGUGGAUAAUCUGUCUGAUUGUUUGAAGAACAGCGACCUCUUAACUGUUUUAUCUCGCUCAUCAUCACCAGACCUAACAUCAAGCACUAAACUGACCACAAACCGGAAGAGUACAGGCCAGCUCAAUGUAAAUCCUGGAGCUAUAAGCAGUAACAUAACCACGGCUGAAAGAAGCAGACACCAGAGGAGUUUUUCCGUACCCAAAAAGUUUGGGGAUGUAGACAAAUCCUCAGAUCCACCACGCAGUGCCACGCUGGACAGGAUUCAGGCAUGCACCCAACAAGGCCUGUCCUCCAAAACCAGGAGCUCAUCCUCUCUGAAAGACAGCCUGACUGAUCCAUCCCAUAUUAACAAUCCAACCAACCUGCUGGCCACCAUUUUCUGGGUUGCAGUGGCUUUGAUGGAAUCAGAUUUUGAAUUUGAGUACUUAAUGGCAUUACGGUUGUUAAAUAAACUACUAGCUCAUUUGCCACUGGAUAAAGUUGAAAAUAGGGAGAAAUUAGAAAAAUUACAAGGACAGCUAAAAUGGGCUGAUUUCUCAGGACUACAGCAGCUGCUGCUGAAAGGAUUCACCUCCCUUACCACCACUGACCUCACAUUACAGCUCUUCAGUUUGCUGACGCCAGUGUCACGAAUAUCCAUGGUAGAUUCGUCUCAAGCUAUAGGGUUCCCACUGAACGUCUUGUGUCUCCUGCCUCAUUUAAUUCAGCAUUUUGACAGUCCAAACCAGUUCUGUAAGGAAAUAGCAGAAAGGAUUGCUCAGGUUUGUCUGGAAGAAAAAAACCCUAAGCUAUCAAAUCUUGCACAUGUCAUGACCCUUUAUAAAACUCACAGUUAUACGAGAGACUGUGCUACCUGGGUAAAUGUUGUUUGUCGUUACCUUCAUGAAGCAUUUGCUGACAUUACCCUGAAUAUGGUUACGUAUUUGGCUGAGCUACUGGAGAAAGGCCUUCCCAGCAUGCAACAGUCCCUCUUGCAGAUGAUCUACAGUCUUCUUAGCUAUAUGGACUUAUCAGCCAUUCCUGUUAAACAGUUUAACAUGGAGGUUCUAAAGACCAUUGAAAAAUAUGUGCAGAGCGUUCACUGGAGGGAGGCCUUAAAUAUCUUGAAGUUGGUUGUUUCUCGCUCUGCCAGCCUGGUUUUACCUUCCUAUCAACACAGUGAUCUUUCAAAAAUGGAAAUACAUCGAGUAUGGACCAGUGCAUCCAAGGAACUACCAGGGAAAACUUUGGAGUUUCAUUUUGAUAUUUCAGAGACUCCAAUAAUUGGGAGACGAUAUGAUGAACUUCAGAGUUCUUCUGGACGAGAUGGUAAACCCAGGGCAAUGGCUGUCACUCGAAGCGCUUCAUCAACUUCAUCAGGUUCUAAUUCCAACGUCCUUGUUCCUGUGAGCUGGAAAAGGCCUCAGUACUCUCAGAAAAGAACAAAGGAAAAGCUGGUACAUGUCCUUUCUCUCUGUGGCCAGGAAGUAGGGCUGAGUAAAAACCCUUCAGUUAUUUUUUCUUCGUGUGGUGAUUUGGAUCUGAUUGAGCACCAGACAAGCUUGGUGUCCUCAGAAGACGGAACAAGAGAACAAGAGAACAUGGAUGAUUCAAACAGUGAACAACAGUUCAGAGUCUUUAGGGACUUCGAUUUCCUUGAUGUUGAACUGGAAGAUGGGGAGGGUGAGAGUAUGGACAAUUUCAACUGGGGAGUGCGCAGACGUUCUCUAGAUAGUCUGGACAAGUGUGAUAUGCAGCUUCUGGAGGAAAGCCAGCUCUCAGGAAGUACACCCAGUCUAAAUAAAAUGAACCAUGAGGACUCCGAUGAGUCAUCAGAGGAGGAGGACCUAACAACAAGCCAAAUCUUGGAACACUCAGACCUUAUCAUAACUCUUUCUCCCUCCGAGGAUACAAAUCACAUAGACUCACUGUCUACAUCAUGUGAUACAACCUCAGCAGACCCUCCUCAUUUUAACAUGAGAGCAUCUAACUUUGAAGUCUCUUUGCCUGAUAUGAACAAUCUCCAAGUGUCUGAAGUCUCUAAGGUGAAGGGGGUUUUGCUGGAUAUGAUAGAAACUGAAGAAAAAGGCGACAGACUAGAGCAAUUUGCUCUUGCCAGUUUUGGUGAAGGUGACAGAAAUGCCUCCCCUCCUCCCUCACCGUUCUUUUCUGCCAUCCUUGCUGCAUUUCAACCAGCUGCAUGUGAUGAUGCAGAAGAAGCCUGGCGUAGUCAUAUGAACCAGCUCAUGUGUGAUUCUGAUGGGUCCUGUGCAGUUUAUACCUUUCAUGUGUUCUCCUCCCUGUUUAAGAAUAUUCAGAAAAGAUUCUGCUUCCUAACCUGUGAUGCUGCCAGUUACCUUGGAGACAAUCUGAGAGGAAUAGGCACAAAAUUUGUGAGGUCUUCUCAGAUGCUGACUUCAUGUUCAGAAUGCCCCACUCUUUUUGUAGAUGCUGAAACACUUCUCUCAUGUGGCCUUCUUGAAAAGCUGAAAUUCAGUGUUUUAGAACUACAGGAAUAUUUGGAUACAUACAACAACAGAAAAGAAGCAACUCUUUCAUGGCUUGCAAAUUGCAAGGCAACGUUUGCUGGGGGCUCAAGAGAUGGAGUUAUUACUUGUCAGCCAGGGGAUUCAGAAGAGAAGCAAAUGGAAUCUCUUGCACAAUUGGAACUGUGUCAGAGAUUAUACAAACUCCACUUCCAGCUACUGUUGCUUUUUCAGUCCUACUGUAAGCUCAUUGGACAGGUACAUGAAGUUAGUUCCAUGCCAGAGCUGCUAAAUAUGUCAAGGGAACUGAGCGAGUUAAAGAAAAAUCUUAAGGAAGCCACUGCUGCCAUUGCAGCUGAGCCUCUAAAUAUGGAGUCUGAGCCCACAUUUAAUUCUACAGAAGCAGCCAUUCAAUCCAUGCUGGAGUGUUUAAAAAACAAUGAGCUUAUUAAGGCUGUACGACAAAUAAGGGAAUGCAGGAGUUUGUGGCCCAAUGAUAUCUUUGGAAGCAGUUCUGAUGACGAGGUCCAGACGCUACUGAACAUUUAUUUCCGGCAUCAAACCCUGGGCCAGACAGGCACCUACGCACUGGUGGGCUCAAAUCAGAGCCUGACCGAGAUCUGUACCAAACUAAUGGAGCUGAAUAUUGAGAUUCGUGACAUGAUUCGCAGAGCUCAGAGUUAUCGGGUCAUCAAUACUUUUCUUCCAGACUCCAGUGUGUCCGGCACAAGUCUCUGACAGGAGCCUUGUGUCCCCUUUCUCUUUCAAACUGGAAGUGCUGCCCUGCUGGAGUGAGGUGGUUCAAUGUCUUCUCAGCUUUAGAAAGGUUUGGUCAAGCUGUACUCACUCUUGUUACAUAUAAGACUUCUAAAAAGAAGUGGGCAGACCUUCAAAUGUGUAGCAAUACUGUCAGGACAAAGGUAACAUAGAACAUCCAAGACAAAAUCCUUUGUUCUGUGUUGCACAGAAAUUGGUUAACAUUUCACUAGACAACUGCAACUCACUACUGAAGAAGUGACUUCCAUUGCAUACCAAAGCCUACUACACUGAACGAUACUUCCUUUAUAGCAAAUUAAUUUUAGGUUGGCAAAAGUGCAAUGUUUCCGCCACUAGAGAAUAUUUUUUUUGUUUGUUUAAAAAGAAAUCCUUGUACAUUUUUUCUUUCUUUUCUUUUCCUUGUUUGGCUGAGUGAAAGAUGGGCAGAAUGAAGCUGGCCACAGAACAUUGAAAAUGUGUUGGUCAAAAGCUGAGAGCCUUUGUAGAUGAAACAAA